GUUAGGGAGCAAGUGGGGGGGUCCUGGGCUCUGUGGGAGGGGACAGGUGGGGGGAGGUCUGGCCUGGGUUAUGGACCGAGACACAGCUUGUCGGGGUGUCUUAGGAUCGGGGUGAGAGGCUUCGUAGAGAUGUCCUAGGGGAUGUCAGGUGACAGACCGGGAAGUUUACUGGAGUGGCGGAGAAGGAACAGGUUGCAAAGAGAGGCGUGUCCCGGGCAUUUGUACAGGGGGUCAGUGUGGGGGUGGGUGUCCCUGGACUUUGUGUUUGUGUAUGUGCAUGUGUGGCGUCACUCGGCAUCACCUAGUGUUUCUUGGCGGAGAGUGGGAAGGGGCCGACCUCGUCAGACUUGCCGACAGGCUCACCCGCCUCUGCGGGCCACGUGAUUCUGUGGCUGCAGCCCCCGGACUGUGGUGGGGUCAGCCAGCAGCGGGGUCGCUUGCUCACCUGCCCCUCCCAUCUCGACAGCUCUAGGAAUCGGGGGUCUUGAACAGCUGCCCUGAUGUUCCUGCUGAUGUGUCUCUCUGGAAGCAAAUCCUAUCUGCAAACGUCGGGUUUACUCAAAAGCUGAAAUUAGAGGUUUUUUCUUUAAGACCUGGAUUUCCCUAUUGAUUUAGCAUAGGGUUCUUUGACAGAACGAAUACCCCAGUACAUUGAGAACUAGUCAGUUUGUGGAAAAUCAGCUUAAUUCAACACGUGUUGAGUUCAUGUGUCUGCCACGCUCCAAGCACAGUGUUGUGGGAAAUACCAGAGAAGAGCAGGACAAGUCCUUCCCCUCCGGGAGCCUUGUCUAGCCGGGAAGAUGGGACUGACCCUGCGGCAUAGGUAAAUAACAGCGUGAGGCAGGAAGGCGAUGAGCUCGUGCUGAGCGCAGGGGUGCCGCUAUGUCUGGGGGUGGGGGCCCAGCCCACGUCAGCUCCCAGACCUUCUUCCUGUCUCGGCCCGCUGUGGGCGGGGGGCUCCAGCUAGCUCCGCAGACCCCACCGCAGGCUUCCUCCGAGUCCUGCACAGUCCCGGGAGCUGCUCACAGUCGGUGAGGCUGCCCUGCGGGAGGGUGCUUGCCCGCCGCGCUGCAGCUCCGGUCUUCUGGGUGACCCUUGAGAUCUGACACCUGGAGCGGCUCAGCAGCGAGUCAUUAGAACACUGUACCCGUAUUCUCUCAGGAGGAUUCCCAAAGGGAAGAUGCUUUGGUGCUGGUCCUGGAGCCCUCGCUGCCACACGCAAUGACCGGGGGAGAGCAGGGCCGGCCGGCGGCUGGGCUCUCGGCAGCGCCCCGCGCGCUCUGACCUGAUGGGCCCGGGAAGGCCGGCUGCCGUCACCGGGGCUCACCUGGCAGCCUGCGUCCAGCUACAUGGGAGCAGCGACCCUAGGACCCUCCAGGCCCAGAACCAGCUGCAGUUCAGCAGGAGCGCACCCGAGCACGCGGGCACCCUGGCUGUGCGCUACUCCUGCCCGCACGCCAUCCGGAUCGAGAAGCUGAAGCACUCAUACCGUGAGUCAUACGGCUGUGAGGAUGCGGGCUGGCAUGGCAGCGGCCCCGGGAGCGGCUCGGCCUCGUUCUCCGUCAUCUCGGAGGAGCGGCUCAGCUACGCCGUGCACCUGGCCAAGAGGGACGUGAAGCGCAGGCAGCUGGAGGAGCGCGUUGGGCGGCGCCGGCUCGGUGGGGAGCCCCGGCUCUCUCGUCUGCACAAGGUCCCCGAGCCCAGCAUGCAGAGGAAGGAACCGGGGAGCCGGGACACAUGCCCUGGUGGCCACCAGCCGUCCACGAUGGGAACGUCCUGCGCGGGUGCCAAGGUGUAUCUGUACGCACCUCAUCCGGCCCCGUCCCACCAGGCUGUGCCCCACUCGCCCCCCACCCACGACCCGGGCCUGGAGCCCCGCCCCAAGCUCGGCGGCCACCAGCAGCUGCUGGACGUGCAGCGGCUCCAGAGGGAGCUGAGCACUUGCAUCCACAAGAUGGAAGAGGUCACGAAGAAAGACAGGACGGAAGUGGCUUUGGACCCCGAUGAGGAGCGACGCGCCCGCAUCAGGAGGCAGGAGCAGGCCGUGAGCUCGGCCCGGAUGCUGUAUGUCCUGCAGCAGCAGGUGAAGGAGAUCCAGGAAGAGUUGGAUAAAUUGAGCCCACGUGAGACCAGACACACGAAGAAGUCAUGGGCCAUGUCGCGGCUGGCAGCUGCCCACCGAGGAGCCAUCCGGGCCUUACAGGUGUUGGUGACGCAGCUUACGGACCGCGGGGAGCACCCGGUUCCUGCGCGCUGUCGGGAGCUGGGCGGCCUCAUCCGCCAGCUCUCACUCUGCUCCGCCAAGCUGCAUGCCGACCCCUCCGUCCCCAGUGUGGUUGCGGACAUCCUGCGACAGAUUGAGGCUUUGGAAUCCCUCCUGGAAAAGAAAUUGUCACCAAAAAAGAAGAAAAGUUUCACGGAAAUUCGGAGCAGGUUUCCUGUUGGUGGCCGUGGGGCCUUAGAGAGAUGGCAGAGUCCUUCUCCCAAGAGUGCGAGGAGAACCCUUGUAGCAAAGGAGUCGUUUCCCGAGGAAGCAAGGUGGCCUUCAGGGGCGAAGACGCUCCCAGCUGAUAACUGUCCCGCUGGGACAGCGCCUGCUGCGACCUGGAGGUUGGAGAACGGGCUGGAUGUAAUGGGUGCAGAGAUCCUUCCGGAAGAAGCCCCGUCUGCUCCAGACCACAGCGCCAGCUUCUCGGGGGAUCCACUGGCCCUGGCGGGAGCCGGAGCUGCAGUGGGGAGGCCCACUACCAGGAGUGCGGUGCUCCGGAAGGAGGAGGCCCGGGCGCCAGCGAGGCCACCUCAGGGACUGCACAAAGCUGGAAGAGGAGGACCGACCCGGUCCCAGAGCAGAAGCCGACUGCAGCGCACGACAGUGUCCUCCAGACUGAAAGUGAGCCAGCAGCCUGUGAGGGACAGCAGGGCCCCUUGGGUGCCUCCAAACCCCACGUCCCCGCCAGCGUCUCCCAAGUGCGCUGCCUGGCUGAAGGUGAAGCCGAGCCCCAAGAGUGCUGCAAAGGAAGCGUGGCUGCGGCAGGACGAGGCUCCGGACGGGAGUCCGCAGAGGGAUGCCAUUGCGCAGGAAGCCGUGAGCAGGCUCGCUUGGCUUGAUGCCGAAACUUCCAGAACAGUGAAGGAGCUGGAGGAACUGAAAGCCGGAGCCUCGGACGAGACGCGGAGGUGGGGAGUGUCAGACACCCAGCUAGCAGACAAGGUGGAGAAGGCAGUCCUGGAGCGUUUGAAGCCUCUUCUGGUCACGGCCCAGAGGGUCAGCUCUUCUCAGGAAGCAGAUCAUCAGCCGAGGGACCGGCUGUCAGCAGACGUGGCAACCGGCCAGCCCUUGGAGGAGGCUGCAGCUUUGGACCGUGCACCCCACGGCCUUCACCAGCUGGGGGACUGCUUGGAAAACGCUGCCCACGGGCCCUGGACCACGACCCACCAUGGGGGCUUGGAGUCAGAAACCUCAGCGCCCAUCGGGGACGGCAGAGGCAGCCUGGAUCUGGAGAGCCUGAUGCUGCGGGUGGAGGAAAUGGAGAAAUACCGGGAGACAGUUUGCCAGAGAUACAGUAAAAUCGUAUAUGCUGAUCCUCACCUGUGGGGGCAGGAAGGAAAGACGGGGCAGGCCCCCCCAGCAGUAAGUGAGAGGCCUCUCUCUCCUCAUCCAAUCAGGAUCACAAAGACCCCAGCUCGCAGAGACCCCGAUGUGAACAUCGUGUUGGAAGAACCCAGGAAUGCCAAUUCCCUGGACGAAAGCGUGGGGAUGGAUGAGAGGUCUGAGAAGAGCGGGGCCCGCCUUGCACCCCUCCCAGAAGAGUGUCCGCAGAAGAACGGCCAGACCGUGCUGCACAUCCCCCCAGGCCUGCGGCACAGCAUUGGCGACUACUGUAGCCGCUUCGAGCAGUACCUCCGCCUGGUCGCGCACGAGGCUGUGGGCACCUUCAACCCGUGGCUGUUGGCCGAGAGCUUCUCCGACGAGCUGAUAGAUGAGGCUCUGGGGGCCGUGGCCGCGGAGCUGGAGGACGCGUGCGAGGACUACGCGGAAGCCGUGUUCACCUCAGAGUUCCUGGAGGCCGCAACCUGAGGGCUCCGUCUGCAGUGGAUUUCCUCCCCGGGGCGCAUGGGAGCCCCUGAGCCUGGCUGCCCCUCUGUGCCUACUGGGUGCUGCCCGCAGCAGGGGCCCCUUUCCAUCCUCUCGUGGUCGUGGUGAUGGCUCUAGUGGUUGAUGACGGAGGGCAAGGUGUUUCUCAGCACCCGGAAAUUGUGAAUUACGACAAUAUAAUAGUUUCUCAAUGUGUAGUUUCCCCAUUGAAAUCCUAUGUUUGUUUUGCCACUGAGUCUGGUGACAGGAGCAUGGGGAAAGGUGCUAGCAGGUGUAUUUCCGGAAGGUCCACGUUGCUGCCCAGCCGCCUGCGCCUGUGGCUCCUGUGCUCCCGUCAUCCCGAGCUCGCUUUCGUCGGUCCCCGCAGCGCCGCGCCAUGCAGAUGGAGCCCACCAGCCCUCGGCGUCCCGCCAGCCGGUUCUCACUCCGGCGGUCCUCUGCACCAUGGCCCGCAGCCUUGUCUCGCCCUAGCGGCGGUGUUCUGAUGUCCAGACUGUGUCAGCACGCAGGGGCCAUCGGAGGCCGUCGGGAGGGUCCUGGGCUGGUGUCCCUGUCCUCUGGGCCAGCAUAUGCCACGCCUGUGGACCCGCAGAGGACCAGGCGGGAGGAGAGGACUGGGCCAGAGCAGAGGACCCGCCUGGAUGCGGAAAGCCCGGCAGGUCCCCCGGGAGAGGAAGACACCCGAGAGCCACAGCCGAUUCGUUUCGUCCCCUCCAAGCUGUGUUUUACCAAGAAGUGCCUCUGGCUUUUCAGAAACAGAAAAGGAAUGUGCAUGAAAGUAAGGCCACUUCCUGGAAGAAGGUUCUCUCCGUCAGCUGGCCUGGCUCGGCUCGGCCAGGGAUGAUGUGACUCCUUAGGACGUGGUCGGUAUCACAGCUGGACUUUCGCUGGCGCGAGCGAGUUUGAGGCAACCGCGGGAGCGGCUUGGCCAUACCACCGCGCGCACUCCUGGGCCCGGGGUGGUGCUGGCCUUCUGCUCGAAUUCGUGUGGCCUCAGGACCAAGAAGGCUCUGGGGCCAAAGGUCGUCCCCGUGCGGCGCACGUGGUGGUUCAAAGUCAUCUGUGGGGCAGUUUGUACUGCACUGAUUUUUAAAUAAACUAAGGAUUUUCCAGUA